CCUGAACAGUCAUAGUUUUCUCCCAAGAGUUUCCGAAUUCUAGAACAUGCAAAAUGCUGAUCAGGAACAUUCUGCCCAGUCUUCAAGUUAUUUGACAAAUGCCCCCCAAGUUAAGAGAUCCUAUGCGCACAAGGCCUGCGAGGCGUGUCGUGCAGCAAAGUUGAAAUGUAGCGCCCAGUACCCUUGUCAACGGUGCGAGCAGAGAAGUCGACCAUGUGUCUACCGAGAAUCAUUGCGGCGGCGGCCUGGGGCAAUGCCUCUGCCAAUCUUGAAGGCGAUAUCAGAGGUUCCGUGCUCCUCUCUUAACCCGAGCAGCAGCAGCAGCAGCAGCAGCAGCCCCAGCAGCCCCUCCAUCUUGGGGACUGAGAACGGAACAGACUACGCCGUGUACUACUGGAUCCACACUCUUUUUCAAGGUUUCGAUGUCCCUAGCCACCAAAUACGCACUCUGGUAUUCGAGUCCUCGGUCUCGCCCUGGGACCUUCUUCCCAUUAUGACCGUCAGCAUCCCCGAUCUUCAGUAUUUGUCCCCCAAUCUGGCUACCCGCUGCUUGAAUAUCUUCACCUCGUCUUUCUGGCACCUGAAUCCUUAUUACCCGAUCAACUCUCUGCAAGCCGCGUUGUGCGAUGUGUUUGGGGUCGUAGGAUCACCUGGUCUGUCUUCACCGAUGGACUGGGCUAAUGUUCUCGCCGUUCUCGCCAUCGGUGCCUCUUGCACCGAGUAUUAUCCAUUAGCAGAGUACCUUCUUAAUGAGUCAUAUCGCUACGCGGAGAUGCAGAUGGGAGGAAACACGCUCUCUAUGUCCCCCCUUUCUCCGGACAAGCAACUCCAGUAUACCAACAAACUGACUCGCCGACAGCACGCACAAUAUUACCUUAACAUAAACCAACAUGGAAUCGCGUAUACCAUCUUAACGCAGGCGCGCCGAGGCUAUCUGGCCGGCAAAGAGCGCGCCGAUACCGAGAUCAGCACAGAUUCCGGCGAAGGGCGAACCUCUACCGCCGUCACCUUGAACGCUUUCGCUCAAUUUCUCUCGCUCUGUGUCGGAUGUGUCCCGGAUGACCUCGAUCAGAAUGAAAUCUUCCCCGACACGACUGCCAAUGGCCAGUUACCCCCUGUCCUAUCUGCGAUCCACCAACUCGCACGAAUCACAGCCCAGAUCAAGCAAGCCCAAAAGCGACUGAGGCUGUAUCCGGACGCCCUCGCCCAAGCUUCCUUUGAGCUUCACCAAUCGCUACAAAUCGCUUUGCUGGAGGCAUCGAAUCGGUGUCGUCUGCUGUAUGCUGCGCAUCAUCAGCAGAGGAUCGUGUUGGAGGUUUUAAUAUUUGUUCUAUUCUACUAUGAGAUCCAAAUCCUGUUCCGUCCCUUUCUGAUGAUGAAGCUCCUGCAUUUGCACCGCGUACGAUUGCGAUACCCCGAUGAAACCAUCUCCUCAUCUAUCUUUGAAGUUGCCGGUGCGCACACCGUGCGGGCCGCCCGAUCCCUAAUCAGAAUAAUUGGGCAGGCGAUCGAUCUCAAUUCGGUGGUCAAGGACCUCCCCGGGAAUGGGUUCUUCCUUGAGAGCGCAUGCGUGUCAUUGAUUCUCAUGUGCUUGUGCCACGGGCCCCGAGAUGCGUAUCUAACCGAUAUCUGGAUGGGAAUUCAUAAUCUGAGGCGCAUGUCCUGUCAAGCGCUGGUGGGUGAGCGCAUCCAAGGUCUAGUGGGGUUGUUGGCCGUCACCGGGCUGGCGGGAGCCCAGUUUGACCAGGCUUAGAUCUACUCUCAGGGCCUGCCACCAUCAAUACAUUGCAAAUAGAG